AUGCAUUCGCGCACACAAAUCAAGCUUGGCAGUGACAGCGAUCUGGUGCGGUUGGGCGUUAGGGAGGAUGACGCUGUUUCCUACCUCUUCUUCCCUCAACUUUCUACACGCUCUUUGGUGGAAGGGAUUGGUUAG